AUGUGUGCUUACGGGGUUAUUGCCACUCAACAAGACACGGUGAACAAGUUUGCUGACGCGUUACCUCCAAAGUGGAGUUCUUUCAUUGAGUUGUUGAAGCACACUGGAACUCUAGAUACGGUUAAUAUCUAUGAGUUCAUUCAGAAACUGGAACAUAAGAAUGAGGAAGAAAUCAGGAAAGCUAAGCGAGCUCCAGUUCCUCAAAAUACGGAAAUGUAUCUUCCAGGCUUCGACAUCUUAGCAAAAUCCGCUGCUGCUCAGCAACCGAAACUGCAAACUGCUUUCGUGUCGAACACAAGCUCUCUUCCUUUUCCUCAGACCAAUCCUGCUCCGGGUUUUGAUCCAAGAUCUUACAUUCCAGUUCCAUCACAGCCACCAGUUCAACCACAACAGCAAGCUCAUUUCACAAGCACUCCUCAACCUCCAAACCCUAACACUGUUCGUGUUGACACUUCAAAUCUUUCCCAAGUUAGUAUAGAAGUUGCAAAGGAGCAUGUAGAACUGAUCAAUACUAUGUUUGGUGACGGUGAUCAAAGAAGUGGAAUAGCUCUUUAUGCAAAGAUCAUCAAUCAAAAGUCAUCUGAAAGUGAUGACAGUUCUGGGUUCAAACCGGACAAUUCCUCAAACACAUCCACAAAGCAGCGAGAAACUUCACCAUCCAUGAAUCAAAUUCCUCCAAUUAUUGAGGAUUAUGAGUCAUCGGAUGAUGAACCAGAACUGGAUGUAGUUGAUCAGGAUAAAUCACUUGGCAAGAUGAAAGGAGUAGUCAUUCCUGUUGAGAAUCACAUCUUGUGUGAUCCUGAUACUCCUGAUGUCUCAUCUGUCGAGAAACAAGUGAUUGAUCCUAUUAAGGUUGAAAAGAAGUCGGUGUCUACUAUGCGAUCAUUGCCUUUCCCACAAUUAUGUCGCCAAUUUUCACUUGAUGAGAUUCUCUCAGCCACCCAGAAUUUCGAUGAUUCAUUGGUUGAAGGGAAGGGUGGUUUUGGUAAGGUCCAAGGAGCAACCGAGUUUUGGGCUGAAAUCGAGAUGCUUACCAAGUUGAGGCACUGCAAUCUUGUGUCUUUGAUUGGUAAUUGUAACGAUAACUCAGAGAUGAUCCUUGUCUAUGACUUUAUGCCGAAUGGAACCCUUGACGGUCAUUUGCACAAAUAUGGGACCGUUCUGAGUUGGAUAUCGGAUUUUGGAUUAUCCAAAAUUGGCCCAACAAAUGCAUCAGGUGCAUAUGUCAAUACACUUGUUAGCGGUACAUUUGGCUAUCUCGAUCCAGAGUAUUUUUUGACUGGACGGUUGACAAGGAAAUCAGAUGUGUUUUCCUUUGGGGUGGUAUUAUUCGAGUUGUUGUGUGGGAGGGCCGCAUUGGAUAACAGUCUCGAUGAUGAGUGUAGUUUGGUAAAGUGGGCUUAUGAAUCUAUAAAGAAGGAUAAAGUGUAUAGUAUCAUUGAUCUUAAUAUCAAGAACCAGAUAUCUCCAAAGUGUUUGAAGAAAUUUGUGCAAAUUGCAGAUCGUUGUCUUAGUAGCAAGUCAAUAAAACGCCCUGAAAUGGCAGAGAUUCUGUUCGCUCUUGAGCUUUGUCUGAGAUUACAAAAUAAAUUCGACACCCCUGUAAAGCCAACUGCAGGCAUAUAUUGUCAAUUGGUAGAAUGA